CCCCGCCCCCGGCGCUCCUCCAAGAGCCCAUAUAGCUCCGUGCAGCGCCGCCGCCCCCUUUUCCUUUCCGCCCCCCCCCGGCUAUGACCCUGCGGAGGCUCCGGAGGCUCCGGCCGGGGCAGCCCGACCCAGAGGCGGCGGCGGCGUCGAGUGUGGCGGGCGCCGGUGUUCUCGGCGGCCGAGCGUCGGAGCUGGAGCUGGAAAGGGCGCUGGCGGCCUCGGGGGGCACCUUGCCCCGAGCCCGGAGGGGCUCUGGAUUCAAAUGGCGAUCUCUCAGCCAGUCACCCGAGCAGCACAGGAAGGUGAUCACACUGGAGAAGGAAGAGGCUCAGGCCUUUGGCUUUGAGAUUCAGACCUACGGGCUCCACCACCAGAACACAAAACGGGUGGAGAUGUUCACCUUUGUAUGCCGUGUGCAUGAUGAUAGCCCGGCCCAGGUAGCUGGCCUGAAACCAGGGGAUACGAUCACAGGCGUGAACGGGCUCAAUGUGGAGGGGAUCCGACACCGUGAGAUUGUGGAGAUCAUCAAAGCGUCUGGGAACGUGCUCAGGUUAGAGACCUUGUACGGCACUUCCAUCCGCAGGGCAGAGCUGGAAGCCCGUUUGCAGUACCUCAAGCAAACGCUCUAUGAAAAAUGGGGGGAGUAUCGGUCGUUGAUGGUGCAGGAGCAGCGCUUGGUCCGUGGGAUCGUGGUUAAAGACCCCAGCAUCUAUGACACCCUGGAAUCUGUGCGUUCCUUCCUGUACGGAACUAGGCUGGCCGGAGGCCCUGCUGCCCCUUUUGGGGUGCUGUUGCCAGGAUCGGGGAGCACCUACAGCAGCGUGGGCUGCGUCAGCACCGCCACGGACGAGAGCGAGGAUUCAGUCUACCAGACCUGCUUCUUUGACUCUGCCGACUCCCUGGACGUUGUCCCCGCAGCCGCCCAGCCCUUGCGCCCACGCCCAACGCUCACCCGCAGCGCCAGCGUCAAAUGCACAAGCAGCAGCAGCAGCAAUGGAGUCGCACGGUUCUGGGACAGAUCAUGCGACCAAAAGAACUCCGCAGCCGCCCCGAGGCCCAGGAAGAGCAAACCGGGGAGCUUCCGCAAGAGACUGCUGAAAUUCAUCCCUGGGCUGAACCGUUCCCUGGAGGAAGAAGAAAGCCAGUUGUAAAAGGAGAUAGCGUCGCGCAAGGGCAAUUAUUUUGGUGGGGUGGGGCGGGGUGGCCGGCAGUCUCAGCUUUUAUAAAGUUGGCUUAUUUAUUUAUUUAUUUAUUUAUUCGACCAAACAAAGUGGAUUCAAGCACCCCGCCGGGUUGUUUUCUCGGUGGAUUCGAGGAUUCCGAUAAGAUCCCAAGCGCCAGCAGGUGUGUGUUAGGCUGUGUUUCUCGGGAUCCAGGUCGUCGGACAGAUCCGGUCACGAACCUCGAGGAGAGAAGCAAUUGUGGGGGGGGGGGGCGGGAAUUAGCUCGGAAGGAAAUGUGACAAAUUGUCAAGCCAAAGAAGCGCGAGAGAUCUGGUAUUCUUUGUCCCGUGGAAGGAUUGUGGGGUUGUUUUUUAAGAGUUAGAUUCUUCCACGGAGCAGGGUCAACCGAAUCUGUGAAUGCUACUCAGUUUGUUCCUUGCUCUAUUGAAAGGGUUAGGUCAGGUUUCCCGAACUUGGGUCUCUAGCUCUUUUGGGGACUACAAAUCCCAUCGUCCAGCGAGCUACGGAUAAUGGGAACUGUAGUCCAAGAACAGCAGGAGGCACAAGUUUGAGAAAACCCGUGAUUCCUGGAAGAGGGGGGGAAGAACUGGGAAAUGGAGUGCUCCUUCCAGCUCCCAACCAGCCAAGGAUUAAAGCGGGGGGAGCCGACACAACAACGUAUUGAGAGUUCAGGGUGCCCUGCAGACUGUGGGCUUUGAUUUAGGACCUGGAAGAUGUAUUAGCAGAAACGGCAUGUUGACCCUAGGGCAUGAAGUAGCAUUUGAGGUAUAUAUAAAAGGUAGAGUUAGAGGAGAGCCCAGACCUGGG